UCAGGAUUUGCAGCUCAGCUAUAUAAACCCAGCAGAAUCUGGCUGCUCUGACCAGUUUGCCUUGCUGUCAAAGCUCGCUGCCUUGCGCUCGCACACGGCACCGGACAACGCAACUUCGCCGAGUUUUGACAGGACGGCAACAAGAGUCAGGAGAGCCCAGCUGGCUUUGAACAGAGUAUUUAUUUCAUGGAGGCUGCUCACAGCGGGAUCUAAGCUCUGGCACAGUCUCUAAGGGAACAAACACACCAGGAAAGAAAAGGAUCUCCAGCUUGGUUUGGCCUGGCUCUCCAAUUUCUGCUGCAGAUUACAAAGGCCAAGCAGAACUAAAACUCUCUCAGCCUCAAAAGGGAACUGGGCACCACAAUGGGACUCCCCAGCCGGGUCUUGGCCUGUGCCAUCCUCGCUUUGCUGUCCCAGCAGGUCACUGGGGGACUCAUCAAGAGAAUUAUCCAGCCGAAGAGGGAGACUGGGCUGAACGUGACCUUGCCAAAGGAUAACCAGCCUGUGGUUUUCAACCAUGUCUACAACAUUAAGCUGCCCGUUGGCUCCCUCUGCUCCGUGGACCUGGACUCAGCGAGCGGCGACGCCGACCUGAAGGCGGAAAUUGAGCCCGUCAAGAACUACGAGGAGCACACGGUGAACGAGGGCAACCAGAUUGUCUUCACACACAGGAUUAACAUUCCCCGGCGGGCCUGUGGCUGUGCAGCUGCCCCAGACAUUAAGGAUCUGCUGAGCAGACUGGAGGAGCUGGAGGGGCUGGUCUCCUCCCUGCGGGAGCAGUGUGCCAGCGGGGCUGGAUGCUGUCCCAAUUCCCAGGCAGCAGAAGGUCGCCUGGACACCACACCCUACUGCAGCGGGCACGGCAACUACAGCAUCGACAUCUGCGGCUGCGUCUGCGAGCCCGGCUGGAAGGGCCCCAACUGCAGCCAGCCCUCGUGUCCCAAGUGGGCGAGGAUUGCCGGGAGCGCUCCUGCCCCAACGACUGCAACAACGCAGGGCGCUGCGUGGACGGGCGCUGUGUCUGCGAGGAUGGGUACAUCGGGGAUGACUGCUCUGAUGUGUCUCCUCCAACUGAGCUGACUGUGACCAACGUGACAGACAAAACUGUCAAUCUGGAGUGGAAGCACGAGAACCUCGUCAACGAGUACCUCGUCACCUACGUCCCCACCAGCAGCGGGGGCUUGGACAUGCAGUUCACCGUGCCAGGAAACCACACAGCUGCCACCAUCCACGAGCUGGAGCCAGGGGUGGAGUACUUCAUCCGUGUCUUUGCAAUCCUGAAAAACAAGAAGAGUAUUCCAGUCAGCGCCAGGGUAGCCACAUAUCUGCCUGCUCCAGAAGGUCUGAGGUUCAAAUCUGUUCGGGAAACGUCUGUCCAGGUGGAGUGGGACCCUCUGAACUUUUCUUUUGAUGGCUGGGAGCUGGUCUUCCAUAAUAUGAAAAAGGAUGAUAAUGGUGACAUAACCAGCAGCUUGAAAAGGCCAGAGACAUCCUACAUGCAGCCAGGUUUGGCCCCUGGGCAGCAGUACAAUGUGUCCAUCCAUAUCGUGAAGAACAACACCAGAGGACCAGGCCUAUCCAAAGUCAUCACCACAAAGCUUGAUGCCCCCAGCCAGGUGGAGGCCAGAGAUGUCACUGACACCACAGCUCUCAUCACAUGGUCCAAACCCUUGGCUGAAGUUGAAGGUGUAGAGCUCACUUAUGGCCCCAAGGACAUUCCAGGGGACAGGACAACCAUUGAUCUCUCUGAAGAUGAGAACCAAUACUCCAUUGGCAACCUGAGGCCGCACACAGAGUACGAGGUGACGCUGGUGUCUCGUCGAGGGGACAUGGAGAGCGACCCUGUGAAGGAAGUCUUUGUCACAGACCUGGAUGCUCCUAGGAACCUGAAGAGGGUGUCCCAGACUGACAGCAGCAUCACCCUGGAGUGGAAGAACAGCCACGCCAACGUCGAUAAUUACCGAAUCAAGUUCGCUCCCAUCUCUGGUGGGGACCACGUGGAGAUCACAGCGCCCAAGGGCAGCCAGGCCACAACCAGAGCUACACUCACAGGUUUGAGGCCUGGAACUGAAUAUGGCAUUGGAGUGACAGCAGUGAGGAAUGACAGGGAAAGUGCUCCUGCUACCAUCAACGCUGGCACUGACCUUGAUAACCCCAAGGACCUGGAAGUCAGUGAGCCCACUGAGACCACCCUGUCCCUGCGCUGGAGAAGGCCCGUGGCCAAGUUUGACCACUACCGCCUGGUUUACACCAGUCCCUCGGGGAAGAAGGGCGAGGUGGAGAUCCCAGUGGACAGCAGCUCCUUCCUGCUGCGGGGGCUGGAGCCAGGCACUGAGUACACCAUCAGCCUGCAGGCAGAGAAGGGACGGCACAAGAGCAAACCCACCACUGUCAAGGGCUCCACGGAGGAGGAGCCCGAGCUGGGGGAGCUGUCAGUGUCACAGCCUGGCUGGGAUGGUUUCCAGCUCACCUGGACAGCAGCAGAUGGGGCCUUUGAGAGCUUUGUGCUGCAGGUGCAGGAGGCUGGCAGCCCCGAGGAGAGCCGCAAUGUCACAGUGCCGGGGACACUGAGCUCUGUCAAUGUCACCGGCCUCAAGGCCAGCACUCCUUACACCAUCACCCUGCAGGGGCUCGCUCGGGGCCACAGGAGCAAGCCCAUUUCUCUUGAGACCACCACAGGAGAGCAGCCCGGCGUUGCUGAGCUCACGGUGUCCGACAUUACCCCUGAAAGCUUCAACCUCUCCUGGACAGCCUCCAACGGCGACUUCGACACCUUUACCAUUGAAAUUAUUGAUUCUAACAGGUUGCUGGAGCCCAUGGAGUUCAACCUGUCAGGCAACUCAAGGACUGCUCAUAUCUCAGGGCUUUCUCCCAGCACUGAUUUCAUUGUCUACCUCUCUGGGAUCUCUCGCGGGUUCCGCACACAGGCAAUCAGUGCUGCAGCUACCACAGAAGCAGAACCCGAGGUCGACAACCUCCUGGUUUCAGACGCAACCCCAGAUGGAUUCCGUCUCUCCUGGACUGCAGAUGAAGGGGUUUUCAACAGCUUUGUUCUAAAAAUCAGGGACACCAAAAGGAAAUCUGACCCCCUGGAGCUGAUAGUGCCAGGCCAUGAGCGCACCCAGGAUAUAACAGGGCUGAAAGAGGGCACUGAAUAUGAGAUUGAGCUCUAUGGAAUUAGCAGUGGACAACGUUCCCAGCCUGUAAACACAGUAGCAUCCACAGUGGUUGGCUCUCCCAAGGGGAUUUCCUUCUCUGACAUCACAGAAAAUGCUGCCACAGUCAGCUGGACCCCCCCUCGCUCCCGCGUGGAAAAUUUCCGGAUCUCCUACGUCCCUGUCACAGGAGGUACUCCAAAUGUUGUCACAGUUGAGGGGAGCAAGACAAGGACCAAGCUGGUGAAGCUGGUCCCAGGUGUGGACUACAACGUCAGCGUCAUCUCUGUGAAGGGCUUUGAAGAAAGCGAGCCCGUCUCUGGCAUCCUGAAAACAGCUCUGGACAGCCCAUCAGGCCUGGUAGUGAUGAACAUCACAGAUUCUGAGGCUCUGGCAACCUGGCAGCCAGCAAUUGCUGCUGUGGAUAACUACGUGGUGUCCUACUCUUCUGAGAAAGAGCCAGAGGUGACCCAGCUGGUGUCAGGGAACACGGUGGAGUACGACCUGCAGGGGCUGCAGCCUGCCACCGAGUACAGGCUGAGCGUCCACGCGCAGAAGGACACGCAGAGGAGCGAGAGCCUCUCCACGCACUUCACCACAGGGCUGGAUGCUCCAAGGGAUUUGAGUGCCACUGAGGUGCAGUCAGAAGCAGCUGUGAUGAGCUGGAGGCCUCCCCGUGCUCCAGUCACUGGAUAUCUCCUGAUCUAUGAAUCCAUCGAUGGCACAGUCAAGGAAGUCAUCCUAAACCCCGAGACAACCUCCUACAGCCUGACAGAGCUGAGCCCCUCCACUCAGUACACGGUGAAACUGCAGGCCCUGAGUGGGGCCCUGAGGAGCAAAACCAUCCAGACCAUACUCACCACCACUGGGCUCCUCUAUCCCUACCCCAAGGACUGCUCCCAGGCCCUGCUGAAUGGAGAAGCCACCUCUGGGCUCUACACAAUUUACCUGAACGGGGACAAGGCUCAGCCUCUGCAGGUGUUCUGUGACAUGGGCGAGGACGGCGGCGGCUGGAUCGUGUUCCUGAGGCGUCAGAAUGGAAAGCAAGAUUUCUACAAGAACUGGAAUACUUAUGUGGCAGGGUUUGGAGAUCCUAAUGAAGAAUUCUGGAUAGGUCUGGAGAACCUGCACAAAAUCACUUCUCAGGGCCAGUACGAGCUGCGGGUGGACCUGAGGGACAAGGGGGACACGGCCUACGCCGUGUACGAGCGCUUCAGCGUGGGCGACGCCAAGAGCCGCUACCGCCUGCGCGUGGAUGGCUACAGCGGCACUGCAGGUGACUCCAUGACCUACCACAAUGGAAGGUCCUUCUCCACCUUUGACAAGGACCACGACUCUGCCAUCACCAACUGUGCUCUGUCAUACAAAGGAGCUUUCUGGUACAAGAACUGCCACCGAGUCAACCUGAUGGGCAGAUAUGGUGACAACAACCACAGUCAGGGCGUCAACUGGUUCCACUGGAAGGGCCACGAGUAUUCCAUCCAGUUUGCAGAGAUGAAGCUGAGACCCUCCAGCUUCAGGAACCUGGAGGGGCGGCGGAAGCGAGCGUAGGGCCCGGGGGGUGCGGGCAGGGGUGGGAGGGGAUGGAGAGGGGG